ACUCACCUGUUUUCACCUGAACUCUCUCCCUUCCUGUCAGCGAACAGUCGUCAGCUGUUGGAGCAUCUGCCGGUCAGACAAACGGACCUAACCGUUAGCACGAGGAGCUAACGCACACGACACAUUGUGUCUGUUCAGAGCUCUGAGGCGUUCUCGGAGCUGCAGGUGAAGAUGAUCGACACGCAGCAGAAGGUGAAGUUGGCCGACCUGCAGAUCGAUCAGCUGACUCGAGUUCAGAAACACGCCAAGCUGACUCACGCUGAGAUCACCAAUGUGCCCGACAACACGCGACUCUACGAGGGAGUCGGACGCAUGUUCAUCCUCCAGUCCAAGGAGGACAUCAACAAUCAGCUGAUGGACAAACAGAAAACAGCUGACGAGAAAAUUAAAGAGCUCGAGCAGAAGAAGGUGUAUCUUGAGCGCAGCGUGAAAGAAGCUGAAGACAACAUCAGAGAGAUGCUGCUGUCCAGGAGAGCUCAGUGACAUCAUCAAUAAUCAAUAAAACACUUCAUCAAUAACACACACACACUCAUCAUUAAUACACACGUGUGUGUUCCUGUCAGUUGCUGUUUGUCAGUUGUUCAUAUUAAAUAGUUAAGCCUUCA